UCUACUUGUCAGGAAACGAUGGCCGACGCUGUCGAUUCUCUAACCAAUCCUGGAACGCCUUGAUUUAUCUCGCUGUCUUAUUGGGUAAAUGCUAGGGUACAAAGCGGAUGUUGUUCUCCCUGUGAGCUCCAAAGCAGCCAACAUGGCGUCGUACGAUGGAAAGCUUGGAAGCUUAUUCGACCACCACGUCCAGAAGGAGGUUUGCGACACAAGGGCGAAAUAUCGAGAGGGCCGACGGGCUCGCGCGGUCAAGGUAUAUACAAUCAACUUGGAAUCUCGGUACUUAUUAAUACAAGGAGUUCCUGCAGUGGGAGCAAUGAAGGAAUUAGUGGAGCGAUUUGCUCUAUAUGGUACAAUUGAAGAGUAUAAUGCUCUAGAUGAAUAUCCAGCAGAAGACUUUACAGAAGUUUAUCUUAUUAAAUUUAUGAAUUUACAAAGUUCAAGGAUAGCCAAGAAAAAAAUGGAUGAACAGAGUUUCUUUGGUGGAUUGCUUCAUGUGUGCUAUGCUCCAGAAUUUGAGACAGUUGAAGAAACUAGAAAAAAAUUAGAAGAGAGAAGGGCUUAUAUAGCAAGAACUACUAAAAAUAAAGACUAUUAUAUGACAAAGAAGAAACCAGUUCCAGAAAAUAAAGACACAGAAGAUUUUAGACAAGCCUUCCACUCAAAUAUGUCUGUAUUUCAUGCAGCGACUUUGAACACAUCUACUGGGAACUCAAAUACUUAUUCUUCUGAAUUGCCUAUAUGUUAUUUUGCCUCAAAAUGUGCAUGUUCACCUGGGGAGCAUGUGGACAGAGCAUCCAGUUCCUAUAAAGAUGGUAGAAACCACAACAAAACGGUGAAGCGUUGUAUCCACAGUGACUCUUCCCCAAAAUUACAGAUGAACACUUUAAAAAAUUCAGUACCCUGUUCUGGGGCACAAAAAGCCAUUACUCCUUCAGGGGCAAUUGACAGAUUUAUGCCUAGGACAACACAGCUGCAGGAACGAAAAAGAAGAAGAGAAGAUGAUCGUAAACUUGGUACUUUUCUUGACACAAGCACAGGCAGUAAUGAGGUGAUGAUUGGGCCUAAGUUACCAGACAUAGCCAAAGUGGAUCUGCAAGAUGACUCCUUGAAUACAACAGCAAACUUAAUUCGGAAUAAACUUAAAGAGGUUAGUUCAUCAGUGCCAAAGCCUCCAGAGGACAAGUUGGAAGCUGAACAUAUGAGUCACCCAUUAAAACAAAGAAGAAGAAUAUAGAUUGCCAGGAGCAAUUGCUAGGCAAUGCCACUGAUGCCAGUUCACCACAGACCACAUUUUGAAAGGCCAAGCUCUAGAUAACUGUGCAACAGAUGAACUCUUGUGAUGCAGCUGAAGAACUGGUGUCUCAAGGACAGUGGCACAGACCUGUAAUCCCAGUGCUCUGCAAGGCUAAGGAAGGAGGAUCACAAGCUCCAGCCCAGUCUGGGCAGCUUAGUGACUUAAGUGCCCUGCCUCAGAAGAAUUGUUGGCUUAUUGGUCCUAAGGAGUUACUCUGGUCCAUUUGUGCUGUUUUCACCCAUCAGUGUCUUACAAUUGGAAACCUGCCUUUCACAUAUUGCUUUUUACCAUACAUUUCCAGACAGAACUCGGAUGUGGGAUCUAGGAAAUAAAUUGGUAAGGAUAGCUUAACCACAUACAUGUUAACUUGCAAAAUCAUAAAAUAAAGUUUUUAUGUUAUAUGUUUGAAAAGUACAAUUGCUCAAAGACUAAGGAAGUUUUAUGACCCAAAUCAAUUACUGGGCUGAUCCUCUCAGUUCAGAAAAUUUGUCAGAUUCAUAUAUGAAAAGCCUUUAUAAGCACAGGUGGGCUUUUGGUACUUAUAACUAUACCUCUGCUUCUGGUAAACAUGGCCCACACACCUCCAACGGAAGCCUGUCUUGUCUUACUGCUUUUUCAAAGUCUGUAAAAGAUACCUUGCCAUUGUUGUCAUAAUCCUAGAGAGGAAGAUGAUUUUUUCUUAAGUGAUAGUCAUUUUAAUUUUGCCAUGGAAAAUAGCUCUCUAGACUAAGAGGUUUUAUAAGCAAAACAAUUUUGCAUUUUUGAAGACACUAUACAAAUUAAAAGGUAUUUAGUUAUAGAGGCCACUUUAUUAUUCUAAUAGGCAUACCUUACGUACCUAUAUAAAAUGUGGCAAUGUCCCAAAAACAUCCGAAUUAUGGAAAUGACAAGAAAUUGGAGGGAGCCUGUUAUACUGCAUCUUUUGUGAAGAAGUAAGUGCAACAGGACAAUGAUUUUCAAGCUUCAUUUUUGUAGAAUUUGUUCCUUAAAGAAUUUCUUACUUGGGAGCUCAUUGGGUAGAAAGGAUAGAAGUGAAAUUGCUCUGUUAAAAAGUAACUAGGAGUGGGCUGGGGAUUUAGCUCAGUGGUUCUGCCACUUGCCUCGCAAGCUCAAGGUCUUGAGUUCAAUCCCCAGUACCAAAAAAAAAAGUCACUAGGAGUUAUGGCAGUAACUAUUGAGGAUGGACUAGUCAUUAGAUGAAGCCUAUAGGCCACUGCUGGGUCUUUAAGGCUGGUUGAGCUGUGGAUAAGUAGAGAGGUGUAGAAAACGUGCAGAAGAGUGGCUCACCUAAAGGAUGACAAUAAGCAGAGUAUAAGUCAGUGAAGCAUUCAGGUCAGAGCUUAUGAAAAAUGGCAUGCCAUGCAGGGUGUGGGAUUGGGGACCUGUGUUGCAGACUAUGACUGCCUUUAACUGCUUAACUGAACUGGAGUGAAUGAGAUGAGCUGUUUUUUCACUUCUGGGCAUAACUGCAUCAGGGUUGCCGAGAGUCUUAUCUAGAGAAAAGUUUUAAUUGUUAGAAAAAGGUUUAUUCCAUAAACCUUUCCUUUAAAAAAGAAGAGUGGGAGCAGUACUGGAGGACGUACUGUCUCUCAAAAAGGCAAAUGCAUUCAGCUAUAGCAGUGGCUAGUGAAAGUAUUUUUAAAAGAAGAGGAUACUCUGGAGCCUGCAUUAGUGACUGCCAAGUCCACACUCUUUUUUUCCUGAGCUUGAGAGUAGUAUUAGUGAGCUGGGCCAGCACUGCUGUGGAUUCACAAAACCUCACUGCAUGCAGUUUAGGGUCACAGUGAGAAACAGAAGUUACUAUGUUCACAACAAAAGACUUCUGUAGUUUCUAUUGAAAGAUGACUUCUGCAUCACAUUUUCUAGUGUGAUGUUGGUAAACCUUUCUGUUCUCUAGUUUUUUUCUUUUUCUUUUCUUUAAAUUUUAUUUUAUUGGUACAUUUUAGGUAUACAAUAUAAUGACAUUCAUCAUUGGGAAUUUGCACCUUUACAUA